GAAGUGGCUGGUAGCUGCCGGCUGUCGCUCCCCGGCCAAUUGGCUUUUGUUAUCGCCGUGGAGCUAGGCCGGCGGGAGACUCUUGAGCCAUCGGGUCCCGAAUAUGGGCCGCGAGAAAUGAAGCCCCGGGGAGGGAAAGGGUGUGAGGCCUCGGGGUGGAGGGUUGGUGUGGGUCCGCAGAGCCCGCCGGGCCGCCGGCCCUGAGGGCCCAGCGGGGCCUGUGCGUGGCCGCCUGCAGGAAGAGUUCUGAGUGGAUAGGAGUUCCCUCUGAGCACCGCACCGCGGUAGCCCCUCAGGGUCUCUGCCCCUCGGGGUCCGGCCAGCACCUGUCAGACUGAGCUCACGGUGGGCCUGAUGGCAGAAGAUAUCCACCGAGACCCCCUGGCGGGAACAGGUGCUCUGUGGGAGACCCUCAGGGCACUCCUGCCCCCCACUAAAGAAGAAUUGAAGUUGGACCUCGGUGAGAAAGUGGAGAGGAGCGUAGUGAUGCUGCUGCAGCAAGCCACCGACCUCUUCUAUGGGGACAGAAGGAGCGAGUGUCUGCAGAUCAGCGAGGCGGUCAUUGACUACUCCUGGGAGAAGCUCAACACAGGGGCAUGGCGGGACGUGGACAAAGACUGGCGGCGGGUUUAUUCCUUUGGCUGCCUUCUGAAAGCUGUGUGUCUGUGCGAGGCAUCUGGGGACGCUACCACUGUGGCCGCAGCCCUGAAAGUCUGUGACAUGGGCCUGCUGAUGGGGGCAGCCAUCCUUGGGGAUAUCCUCAUUAAAGUCGCUGCCAUCCUCCAGACUCACCUUCUCUCUAGAAAAAGGCCUGCCCAAGGCCCGACCCAGGAGCAGCCUAGCACAAAGAAAUCAAGGAAUGACCAUGUUUGGAUUCCAGAUAUGAAGUCAGAAAGAGCAGUCCCCCGGCUUCACUGUCCAUCCCUCCAGUAUUUCAGGAAGCACUUUUUGGUUCCAGAGAGGCCUGUGAUCUUGGAAGGUGUGGCCAACCAUUGGCCGUGCAUGAAGAAGUGGAGUUUGGCGUAUAUCCAAGAAAUUGCUGGCUGCCGAACUGUCCCAGUGGAAGUUGGUUCUAGGUACACAGACGAGGAAUGGUCCCAGACACUCAUGACGGUCAAUGAGUUCAUCAGCAAAUACAUCAUGAAUGAGCCGAAGGACACGGGGUACCUUGCUCAGCACCAGCUCUUUGACCAGGUCCUGGUACCAUUCUCAGCACAUCUCAGUUGUCCACUUAUGAGGCUGUGUCCCCAUGCUUGGGCCUAUCCACUUCUGGCAGAGGCCAGUUUCAAUUUCUCAGGGUACCCAGCCCUGGCUGGCCAGAUGGAAGACCCUCAGGACAGACUGGUUGAAGACUGAAAGAGAGGGGGACUCAGGCUGUUGCUGAGAGGAAGAGGGGCCUCUGUGAGGCGGGAGGCAGGAGGACACUCCCAGUGAGCAGCGCCUCACGCACCGAGGCUCAGAGGGCAGAGUGGAACGAGCCCCAUGGCAGCCUGGGAGGGUUUGUUCAGAAGAACAGAGCAAGGAGAAGGAGGCGAGGGCCAACUGAGGAGGGCCAUGAAGGCCAGGCCAAGAACUCGGAUUCAUCUGGAAGACGGCAGGGAGCCCUGGGAGGCUUUGAGCAGGAGCGUUCCCAGUAAGAGGUGGUGUUCCCGGAAGAAGCCAGCAGGAGCGCGAGGGUGCUUGCGAGGGAGAGUGCCCGGGGGGCAGGAGGAGAGACGAAGCUGCAGGGAGCAGAAGUGCUGUUCCUGCUCUUUCUCCUUCACAGAUCAGCCCCCUAAGAAGAGCCCAUCAGAGUGUGGCCCUGGACCAGCACUGGCGGCACUGGGAGCUGUUAGAAAUGCAGUCUCAGUCCCAGGCCCCACCCAGACCCACUGCAUCAGCGUCAUCUGUCACCCAGGGCCCCGGGCUCCACCCAUCAAACACGGAGCUCACAGAGGGGUCGUGGCAGCUUGUGGACUGCCUCCCUGGCUUUUGGGAAGUGAGGAAAUCAGGAUGCGUGACGAUAUACAGAAAGAUCUUAGCACUGUUGAGAAAGGACAGGAGGAGAUGCCACAGAAGAUUAACAGUGAUUGUGGUGGUGGUGAGUUGGGGAGUGAUUUCUCCUUUUUUCCUGCAGUUUCCACAUCAUGUGGAAUAAGUAUGUAUAAUCAUAAUGAGAAAAAAUAGGCUAUUUUUAAAUGCAAACAAAGCAAGAGAACAAAGUGAAGUGUAGCAGGAAUCAGGGGGCGUUCUGCAUUUUCAAGGCCGUCUAGUUAGGACGCUGAACAGUGAGGGGAGGGCUCAUCCUGGGGAGAUAAUGGAGCAGUGUGGCUUUCUAUCCACCCCUCCCCCGGCCCCACUCGCUUCUUCACUCUGUACUCGGGUGGCUGGGGCUGUGACCACGGUGCACGGCGGGAACACUGCCCCCGCGCGUGGGCUUCUUUGUAGGCCCCUCGGCACCAGGCCCUGGGCUCAGCCCUAGGCACAGGGAUAAAGAAGACCUCCUCACUCCUCUUCCCCAGUGGACCUGAAAAGCAAACACAUCAGACGGUGAUGAGGGCCUGAAAGAAAAUACAAGAGGCGGCCUUACAGAAGGUGGCUGAGGCAGGCAAGAUGGCUCUUUAGAUCAAGUGGGCAGGGAAGGUUCCUUGAGGAGGCGACGUAUGAGCAGUGGCUAGCCAUGAGAGGAGACGAGAGCAGGGGCGUGCCAGCUAGGAGAGCAACACAAGUGAACUGUCACCUUCAAAGGGCAGAACAGUUCAGUGUGGGGUGCAUGAAGGGGAGGGAGGUGGCAGAUGGGGCUGAG